AUAUAACCUCAACGAUACUACUAGUCUACUACGGUACUACCCACAGCACUACAGCAGCAUCCAGCCCUCCUCAUUGCCGCUCCUCUCCUCCCGCGCGACGCCGUCGACCAGUCCUCUUCCCCCGCGCGACCCCGUCGACAACACUCACAACACCCCACUCUCCCCUCCCCUCGCACGUCGCUCACGACCCCCCUCCACGCCCCUCCUUACCGGAAUCAGACGGACACCACACACCAGUUUGAACUAUAGUAGCCUUCAGCAAAGCGGAAAAAAAAAUGGAGCACUUGAGUGCGGAUGCGGUUUCUAUAUGGCAUCAUAUGCAGCACCAUGAGAAAGAGCUUUGGCAUAAGAGAAAGUUCCUGAUGGGUUUGUCAGACAUCGAUUAUUGUGAUCAGAAUGUGAGAUCACGUGCUGGAAUACAAUCAAUAUUGCCGGAGUCAUUUUUAAGGAAAGAUGAUGUCUUCUAUGAAGAUGUCAAAAGUUAUAUUGAGAAGGGCUUUCGUCAAGCAUGUGAUACUGAAGCAAGACAGAGUAAAGCUGAUAAGCAGCAGAAAUUCUGUGAGUUAAGUUAUGUUGAGAAGGGCUUUCGUCAAGCAUGUGAUACUGAAGCAAGACAGAGUAAAGCUGAUGAGCAGAAGGAAUUCUGUGAGUUUCACAAUUGGUCAAGAAUUAUUUUGGCCUUGCUUGAUGAUUUGUCAAACAAUGGACUCUGCUGUCUAGUCAAGAUAGUGACAAGGGGUUCAGGUUUUUCCGAGAAAACUCGUCCACAAAUGAUGCGAGUUAUCAAAAAUAGCUUGCAAGAAAUACAUAGCACUCGGUUGGAUAGCAACCACCAAGGCAUAAUUCAGAAUCAACUGUCUCAGUUGCUAAGGGACCCAAAGAAUUUCCACCAGAAUCAUGGGAAGCAUGUACAAUUGACAAGGGAAUAUCUUAUCAGUGCUUUUGAGAAGAUUCAACUUCAUAGGAUUCCUGUGCGGAUCUUGUGUGCAAUGCAGAGGAGACUGAAGGGGACACAAGGGGUCAUGCCGAAGUUGUGCUCUCGUCCUCCUGGUUGGAGCAAGAGAAAACUGAUUGUGCAUUUGGAGAAAAUGUGGAGAAUGAUGAUCGACCAACUUGAUGAAUCAGAUAAGCUGCCAGAACCUUUAGCCAAAGCAAUGGCAGUUCCAGGCUUAUAUUCAAAAAUAGCAUCUGACUAUCAGGAUCUUUCCAUGCCCACAUUUGUUUUUUUGCCACCAGAAAUUGAAGCACUACAGAUUGAGAUAGUAAAGGCUAUUUGGUCACUUGAUCAUAGAUUCAAGAAAGAGGAAUUGAAGAACUUACAACUUCUGUUGGACCCUAAAUCUGAAGUCAGUGUUACUAGCCUAAGAAAAGCAAUUAGAAACAUGCUGAUAGACUGCCUCUUUGAAUGCAGUGAUAUGGAGGCAGUUCCAGAUUCUUUAUUAGAUGCUCUGUCUCUUAUUAAUAAAAAGUCGAGCAAUACAUUUAGGUUUUCUACGAAAGAGUUCAUUGAAGAAGAGGUGGAAUGUGUACUGAAUGUGGGUGCUCAUAUGAAGCAGCUUUUGUGGUCUUGUGUUCCUGAUGAUAGACUUGACCAAGAAUUUGCGGAUGCAUACAUGGAAGAACUUGAAGAAAACGAUGAUGGAGAUAUCUUUGACGACUAUGACCAGAAGCUGCCUAUAUGUUCCAUGGAUGUAGUUCAGUUUGGGUUUGACGAUUUCAGUGAAGAGGUAGCUAGUACCGGAGAAGUAGAUCAUGCCAGUUUUAGUUCAGCAACAUCUGCAUACAAAGAGAAUUGUGGAAAUUCUGAUGAACUUCCUUCCGGUUCAUCCUUUCGGGCCUUUUCUCAUAAAGAUGAUUGCAGGGAUUCAACGAUCAAUGGAAAUGAAAUGCUCUAUACUGUUGUAGGAGAUGGUUCAAUUCCUCUUAUUUCAUCUGUAUUGCAGAGCAAUAGUGAUAUUAUGAGCAGACAAGAUCCUCCAAACAACGCUUCAGUGGAUUAUGUGAACCUUGCUGAGAAGUGCUUGAAGCAAAAUUCAUUGUCUGUGUACCAAAGAAAUAGUUAUGUAGCUAUCCAAGAAGUUUGUGACCAAGGAAGCUUAGUUUCAUACCAGAUUAUUGGGCACAUUUUGGCGGAGUUUGAACAGAGAGAAGCAUUGGGUUUAAAUCGUCACUAUGUGUCAUAUCUUAGAGGUGAAGAUUCUUGGUCAGAAACUUCUCAAGAACCAGUUGCUUGUUCAAAGGAUAAAGAUGUGAAAGGUUCGAUCAUUGUUCAAGCAGUUCAACAAGUCAUACCUUCAUUCUCUAACAGCCAACUGGAGUUAUUGCAGAGAUUCAUGAGCCCGCGAUAGAGGAACUAGUGACAGUAUAUAUGGAAAUUAUCGUGCUUUUACCGUACAUCUAGGCAUAUGUAUGCCCUGGCGGCUCAGAUUAUACACACUAGCGCAUGAUGUGCAUAGGAGUGCCUGUCUUGCACACACCGCCUGGAGAGCCUUGGGCGUGCCUUCAUAUUGGUAAAUCUGUCUACGGUAGCAUUUGGGAGAUUCGAGGCUUGAGCAAUUGACAAGUCUUCUUGCUCACUUGACGUUCUUUACAAGUGGAAGUUUUACUUCCUUUGAUCUCUGUCUCCCUCUAUUUCUAAAGAUCGGGGAAAUAAUGGUCCCUUUUUUUUUUUUUACAAUGUAUAAUUGAUAUGUUAGGGGUGUAACUGCGAAGCAAAUCACAAAUGUAGAUAAAACCAAUACUGCAUUGGAGUACAUAAUCUUGUAAGAGAUGUAUUUAUAUAUUUUAUAACAAGUGCAAAUGAAACUAGUACUUUGCGCUAGAAGGCACAAAAUUUUGAA